GUACACAUUAUCAUGUCUGCUCGUCCACAAGUUUCUAUCAUCUCUGCUGAAGGUAAGCAAACCUCCACUCAGUUGCCACUCCCAGCUGUCUUCUCUGCUCCAGUCAGACCAGACAUUGUUCACUCUGUUUUCGUCAGAGUCAACAAGAACAAGAGACAAGCUUACGCUGUCUCCGAAAAGGCUGGUCACCAAACCUCCGCUGAAUCCUGGGGUACCGGUAGAGCUGUCGCCCGUAUUCCAAGAGUUGGUGGUGGUGGUACCCACCGUUCCGGUCAAGCUGCUUUCGGUAACAUGUGUCGUGGUGGUCGUAUGUUCGCUCCAACCAAGACUUGGAGAAAGUGGCACGUAAAGGUCAACCACAACGAAAAGAGAUAUGCUACUGCUUCUGCUAUUGCUGCUUCUGCUGUCACUUCUCUCGUUUUGGCUAGAGGUCACCGUGUUGAACAAGUCAAGGAAUUGCCAUUGGUUGUUUCUAACGACUUUGAAGCCGUCACCAAGACCAAGGAAGCUGUCGCUGUCUUGAAGGCUGUUGGUGCCCACAAGGAUGUCAUCAAGGUCAUCAAGUCCAAGAAGUUGAGAUCCGGUAAGGGUAAGUUGAGAGGUAGAAGAUUCACUCAACGUCGUGGUCCUCUUGUUGUCUACUCCCAAGACAACGGUCUUGUUAAGGCUUUGAGAAACGUCCCAGGUGUCGAAACCACUGACGUUAAGCACUUGGGUCUUUUGCAAUUGGCUCCAGGUGCCCACCUCGGUAGAUUCAUCGUCUGGACCCAAGGUGCUUUCGAAUCCUUGGACUCCAUCUACGGUUCCGACUCUUCUGCUUCCGUUAAGUCCGGUUACACCUUGCCAGCUAACAUCAUCUCCAACACUGACGUCACCAGAUUGAUCAACUCUGCUGAAGUCCAAGCUGUUGUCAGACCAGCUGGUCAACCAACUCAAAAGAGAACCCACGUCUUGAAGAAGAACCCAUUGAAGAACAAGCAAGUUCUCUUGAGAUUGAACCCAUACGCCAAGGCUUACGCUGCUGAAAAGCUCGGUUCCGCCAAGGUCGACCAAAAGGCCGUCAAGCCAUCUAAGGGUGCUUUCUCUUCUGUCUUGAAGAACUAAAUUAUUUAGUUUUCUACAAGCAAUUGAGAAGAUUAAUUAGUAUAUAACUAGAGCUAUUGAAUAAGAUUUAUACUGGUGAGAA